AUGCAAGCUUUGCAGUUUUACGAACAAUCCACUGAAAUGCUCGCUACACGUAAGUUUAACUUACGAUCAUGGAGUACAAAUGACACCCUCUUAAAGAAAACUACGAAAAUCGACGGCCGUUCAAGUGACAAAGAAACAGUCUCAAUUCUCGGUAUUCUAUGGAAUUCCAGUUCCGAUUAUCUUCACGUAAAGAAAAUGAAAUCUCUCGAUUUUGGAAAGUUUACUACCAAACGAGACGUCACCUCUUACAGCGCGAGUUUAUACGAUCCAUUGGGAUUGUAUUCUCCGGUUCACGUCCGAGCAAAACUACUUAUUCAAGCCCUAUGGUUAAACAACAGUGAUUGGGACCAAGCCAUCGAUUCUAAAUUUCUCCUACAAUGGCAAGGCAUCGCAGCGGAUCUCUAUCAAGUAACAAAGAACAGCGAAAUUCCACGUAAGUACUUUACAAUACAACCUCAGAAUGUCGAAAUUCAUAUUUUCGCAGACGCCUCAGAACGUGCUUACGGUGCUUCAGUAUACUUGGUCUCUGAACACGAAUCUACACUUGUUAUCGCGAAGACACGUGUCACUCCCAUUGGUAAACAAGCGUUGACAUUACCACGACUCGAGUUGAUGGGAGCAUUGAUCGGAACACGGCUUGGCCAGUUUGUAUCUGAAUCCCUUAAAGACAAUUUCAAUAUUACCAAACGCCUUCUGUGGUCGGACAAUCAGAUAACACUACACUGGUUGAACGGGCGAGGGAGACAAGAUGUCUUUACUAAAAACCGCGUUUUGGAAAUCACAUCCCACCACCAGGAGUACCGCUACGUACCCACUUCACAGAACCCAGCUGAUCUCUUAACCAGGGGAAUUUCUCCGCGUCAACUGAGUGAUUCUCGUAUUUGGUGGUUUGGUCCCGAUUGGUUAACUAAUAGCGCAUUAUGGCCGAAAUGUGAAUUGUUUCCUAUCGAAAAAACCGACAGUGUCAAUGAGCAAUUUGAUGCUGCGAUACAUCAUAUGUCAACUGUCAGUAAGCCAACUUUGCUGCAAACAGAAUUUGGUGACAUACUAUCCGCUACAAAUAUGCGUGAUACUCCAGUGAAUACUGACAAUUUUCCGCGCCAAGUUGGAUUCAGUAUUGACAAUAUAUUUCAAGUCAAUAAUUAUCGCGAUCUUCCUCAUUUAUUACGAAUUACGGCUCUUGUACUACGUUUCGUACAUAAUAUUAAAGCCAAGCUAACUCGACGGCCAUUGAACAUUUCUAGUCGCCAUGGAAGCGUACCGACUGCGUCCGAGAUUAACGACGCUGAGCACAGGUGGUUGAAAGCUGUUCAACACAUUCACUACUCGGACGAAAUACUCUAUUUACAGCGCCAGGCUAAACAAGUUGGACCACUUUGUAAUCAACUCAAGUUAUUUCUCGAUGAUGACGGGAUUUUACGAGCAGGAGGCCGACUCCAGAACACAUCUCUUCCUUAUGAUAGUAUUCAUCCAAUUUUACUACCAGAGAAACACGCUUUCACGUCGGCGGUCAUACGUGAUACCCACCGUCGUUUACAACAUGCAGGACCAAAUGCAACCGCAACCAGUAUACGCGAACGCUACUGGAUUAUAUCCAUUCGCCGAUAUGUGAACAUAGAACUCAAUAAAUGUGUGGUGUGUAAGCGAGUAGAUGGGCCAGCCUAUUCCAAACCGAUCCCCGCUCCACUUCCUACUUUCCGAGUUCAAGAAGCAGACCCCUUUUCCGUGUGCGGUAUCGACUAUACAGGACAUUUAUUCGUCAAAGAUCCUAUCUCAAAAUUAGUUGUGAAAACCUAUAUUUGUCUGUUUACGUGUGCGAUAACACGAGCAGUUCACUUGGAGCUUGUGCCAGACUUAACAACAACAUCAUUUAUUCAAGCCCUCAGACGUUUUUCAGCUAGACGUAGUACUCCUAAAUUAAUUGUUUCGGACAAUGCCACUAUGUUUGUAUCGGCCGCCAAUGAACUCAAAACCCUGAUGUCCGAUCCUGCAGUUCAGCGAUACCUGACAAAUCACCGAAUCAACUGGAAAUUUACUCCCAAGCGAUCUCCUUGGAAUGGGGGAUUUUUCGAGCGUAUGAUAGCCAUCACUAAGACUAGCCUAAAGAAAAUUCUCGGUCGCGCCUGUGUAACUUAUAUCGAAAUGGAAACGAUUGUGACGGAGAUCGAGUCAGCAAUCAACGAUCAUCCCCUUACACAUCUUUCUAAUGACGACAACGAUUUAAAUUCACUUACGCCCUCCCACCUGGUCAACGGAAGAAAUAUUUGCUGUUUACCAAGGCAAAUAGUCAUCAAUCCUAACUCCAAUUUCGCCACAGAUCAUCAGUCAGCCAACCGGCGCUAUGCGUAUUUAACUAUUUGA